AGGGGGGGGGUAUUGAAUUACUGUAAUUUAAUUUGACAUAAAUCGUUAAUUAUAAAAAAAUAUACUUAUUAAUCCUGAAAUUUUAUUUUUUAGGUUUUUAACUAUGAAGCUGGAAGAAGAACACACAAAGUUCCACCUGAGCGCCAAAAUGUUGUUCGUCAGGCAGUACUUGGAAGUGCAGAAUCUCUGGCAAAGUCAAUAUUUGAAAAUGAGACAUUGCGCCCUGCUUUAGUGAAUGUUCAUGGAAGUGUUAUUAAACAGGAAUUGACAAACAUUUCAGCCAGAACAAAUUGUAGUAUUUUAAGAAGUUCUUCAGUUGAAUCUUUGAAAGAAUUUAAGUGGAAUUCUCUAGAGACAGAGCUGAGAGAUAAUACACCGGUUCUCUUUCAGACUAUAUUAGAGUCCAUGAACCACAAAACAAAGAAAAAAUCUAUAAUGCCAGCACUGUUAUUUGCGUUGUCAGUUCUUAUUAGUACAUUUUGUAGUGAAAUGAACUUAGUGAAAAAAGUAAUCAGUGUUGUACUGAAACGUGGUGGUGCUAAGAAGAGACUGUUCAAUUCUUUAUCAAAUCUAAAUAUUUGCAUGAGCUACAGAUCAACAAACACACUUUUCAAAUCUUUUGGUAAAGAUUUCGACCUCAAACUCAAAGAAUGGAAAAAUCUUGUAGAGUUAGAUACUGAAAUGGAAAGAAAACUGUGUAAAAAUCUUAGUCAAACAGAUAAUACCUUACAGAAGGAAACAUUACAAGCAGAACUUAAUAAGCAUAAAAGCUCCAUGCAUCCUGGCUAUCAGUUUGUUGGAGACAAUGUAGAUUUUAUUGUUAAGGUAAGACACAUGUCUUCAAGAAACCAGAACAAAGACCACCAUUUAUUUAAUUGUGUAGCAUACAAAAACAGACUUUCCGGCAACAAUUUAUCUUACCAACGACAUGUAUUGGACUUCAAUGAUUACAAUCUAAGUGAACUCUUGCCAACAGUUGACGACAAUCAGAUUCUACUUGAAAAUCUAACACAUCAUGUGAUGAGAAUAUGGACUGAGAACAUUCCAACCCUGAAAUUUUGUGAAGAAACUCUUGCUCCAUACAUCAGCCACAGGUUUAUGGCUUAUACAAAGAGAAAGACAGAAAAAGUAAUACUUGGUGUUCUGCCCAAGAAUGAGACAAAAAUUGACGACAUGGUAGAGAUUUGUCAGUUUCUUCACAAGUAUGUUCCAACUUGUCGAGAUGGAGAGCCUGUGAAAUGUCUAAGCGGUGGAGAUUAUUUGACAUUUGAACGUCACAAAAAAGCCCAAUCUACAAUGCAGGAUUCACGAACUGCAAGUGAGCGACUAGAAGGUUUACAGGCAAAAUUUGAGGAGUUUCACACACAGGCAGAAGUCAAUAAGGUUGUCUGGAAUUUGUUGUACAAUACAGCAUCUGCUGCUGAUAUUGGUACUCUGUAUGCUGCACGCAAUGCUGUGGAUGCCAGAAAUGUGACAAAGGAUCCAGGGGACAACUUCUAUGCAGCGUCUUCUUUACUAGACAAGUAUACCGAGGCAUUAGUAAUUGCAGGAGGAUUGAUGACCCUGAACCUGGACUCGAUCAGUGGGGAACUUGUAGAGGAAGACAGGCAACCAGAGUUGAUAAAAGAAAAAGCUAUCAAAUUCAUUAAAGACUUUUGUAUACCGGAAGUCCCUGAUUCAGACAUUGAAACAAGUGCGUUGGAUUGCACAUUGUGUGGGCGCAAGUAU